AUGAGGUCCUUCUCGUGGACGACGUCUGGAGCAGUGCCGUUUUCCCUGUUCUGCUUUCUCUAUUACGUCGUUGCGGGGUCGACGCACUUACUUCUCACAAAGGCGACGGAAAACAAGAAUGCGAGCGUAUGGACGUGCCAGGAUCGAAAUCGUCAAAGUUGAAAUAGUUUGCCAUGCAUAAAACCGACACCAGUGGGAAGCCCACUUUUCAAGCGGCGCAUGACAAAUUUGCCGACCACCGGAAUCCAAUUUGUCAUGCUGUUUGGGCACAGAAGACUGUUUUUGUCGUGCUAGUUUAGUAGCUCUAUUUCAAACCCUAAACAGGCUUGCAAUCGGCCUCACUUGCCAUCCCGGCAAGACAGGCACUUCAUGCCUUGCAUUUUAUGCAUGACAAAGCAUUUCAACUUUGUCGAUUUCAAACCUGACGCUUCCAUAGAGCGGGCGGCUGGAGUACGAUACCACUGUGGUCUAUCCCACGAAAAAACUGUUUCACUGUGACGAUUUUGCAAGAUCUGCAUCACAAGUUUGUUACACAUGACAAAGAAAACUUGGCAUGCGUGCUUCCUAAGGGAAAACACAGCUAAAAAUCCAAUGUCUUGCAUGUGUAGCAAGACAAACACACUUGCGUUCCGUUCUAUGCAUCACAAGUUCACAGUGAAACAGUUUUUUCUUGCGAUAUGGUCGUCUCGCUGGUGGAGGUUUUCAAAGCCAUUUUUGCGAUUAAUAUGGUUCUGCUGUUAUCCUGAGUAAAAACGUACCCACACCAGAGUCAGGAUGGGGAUUUUGCAACACAAACCUAGGAGCUUUGUGAGUCACGCAUGACAAGUUGCACUAUGCAGUGUAGUGCAGGUUAGCAAGUGCAGCCGCAUCACAGAUUCAUCUGCUCAUCCUGUUCACAGCAUCACAAAUUCCAAAACACGACUGGAAAUGGCUCUCAUGGGGAUGCGCGUCGCAAGUCUUCCUGUCUUUGCAAAUCUGCAUUACAACUCUGGUGUGGGUACGUUUUUACUCAGGAUUGCUGUUCGGUAAAAAAAACAACGGAACGACAAAGUCCGAGAUAGCGGAGCUGUGCAAGCUUGGAGAGCCUCGGUAUGCCCUCCCCGGGCUCUUUUACGCGGUGCAAAACAACUGCAUCAUCCUUGCGGUGCCGCUCCUACACCCCCACGUAUUCGGGCUUUUCAACAAUUUGAAGAUCGUGUCCGCCGCUGUGUUUUCGUCCCUCUUUUUGCGGAAGCGCUUUCGGGUACGGGAAAAAGUCGGCCUCCUGCUGCUCAUCCUUAGCUUAUCAAAUGUAAAAAUGUCUGGGUCUGGAAAAGUGGAGCUUGUAAUGCGUGUCAUGCAUUCCUGGAAAAUCUGUGUCCCAUGAGCAGCAAAAGACAGGCUUUCUUUCUUGUCAUGCAAAAACGCAUUUUGUAAUGCGUGCUAGGCAUCAGCAGGCCUCUCAAAAACUUGUCAUGCUUGGCUGCCAUUGGAGGCGUUUCAAUCAUGCGAAAUUCAGCACCACAAGUUUCCAGACCCAGACAUUUUUACAUUUGAUAUAGCUGCGUCGUCAGCAAGUGGGAGAUGGCCACUUCGGCCGUGCGUCAAUUGAUGAUCCGGCCGAACAAUGCUGCUCCGGACGAGCGGCGGCAAUCGGCAACAAUGAAGAACGCUAAAGGAGAAGCUGAAGACCAGCGGUUUCUCCUAGGUCUGUCCCUGACGCUGUUUGCAACCAGUGUUUCCGGUCUCGCGGGGGUCAUCAACGAACACGUGCUGAUAUCCAGUGCAAAAGUACCGUGCAGCUCGAAUGAAUUGCAAAUCUAAAUCUUUGUGCAUUGCAAAUCCAGUUGUGCAUUGCAAAUCCAAAUCUUUUUCUCAUACGUAAGUCGAAGUCCGUGUCCAGACUACAAAUUUUCAUUGCGCAAAUUUGCGAUAAGCUUUCUGCUAAUACGAUACUUUUGCACAGGAUAGCUGAAGGUAGGGGGCAAAGUGGGUCAUAGUUUCUGGAUAAAAAACUACUACACCUACCAGUAUGGGAUUCUCUUCAAUCUGUGUGGCAACGCCGUCAGUUAUCUUUUGCAGAAUUACCAUCCCGGAAUGACGAGUGGUGUGUUAAAUACGUCAAAUGCUAGUUCUUUUUCUAAUACCACAAAAAAUUCUUCUGAUCUUUUUCUCAAGAAAACUAGCCCUUCUCUACUUCUCACGGGCUUCACCCCCCUGGUUUGGGCCCUGGUUUUUGUGUGGGUUCUCCUCGGCGUAUCCGUGUCGUUGGUCUUCAAGUAUCUGGACAACACGGCAAAAUCCUUCGGAAAUCCGCUGAUAGUGUUUGUCACCUCGAUUUUUUCGCAUUUUCUCUUCGCGGACACAAACUUAGAUGUGUACUUUUUCCAAGCUCUGGCAUUGUAUUUUUGCUCCGUCGCGGUGUAUUCAGGAACUACUGCACCGUUCUUUCAGGUCACAGGUCUUGCUCCUCCUGGAGGUAGUUUUAGUUCUUCUAGUUCUGUUGCUACAUCAUCAACAAGGAACUUUAUUUCGCUCGUGACAGAAAGUAGAACAGAUACAGAUGCAGAUACCAGUACCAUAAGGGAGAAAAAAAAUGCCUGAAGUGAACCAGC